GCCCCCUCCCAUGCGGAUCCUGACGGAGGCCGCUUGUUUGGAAGCCGACGCAGCAAGGAAGGGGCUCUGCACACAUUGUUCCAGCAGAACCUGUACCCAGGCAUCGCCACCAGAGAACGACUGGCCCAAGAGCUGGACAUUCCAGAAUCCAGGAUCCAGGUGUGGUUCCAGAGCCAGCGCACAAGACAGAUAAGGCAGAGCCGAUUGGAGUCUGCCAAAGCCCAAGGGGAAGGGCCACCACAUGGACAGGAGCAGCCUCCAGCUUGGACUCAAGUUAACUCCCCAUCAUACAAAACGGCUCUCUUAUUGAGCUUCUCCUUGACACAGGAAUUGCCCUGUGUUUGGCAAGAAGGCUUAGCAGAGGAACCCAUGACCACUGGUUCCAGCCGCCUUUCUGUCCCCAGAGGUGAACAAUGUGCAUGCACCGCCUGGUGGGCAGGUGCAUUGUUUCUGGGCAAGAAAGGUUUUGAAUCUUCUUCUCCUGAAACUGUAGGAAGGACAGAGUCCUCUUCUGGGGUCACCUCAGACUUUAGAUCCAAGCACUGUCUUGUGUGGAUGGGUCCGUGCUGA